AUGGGUGCCGCAUCCCAGGCUCUCUACUAUGUUUUCCAUCCUAACCAGCUUCGCAGCAUAAUACAAUGGAAGAUAUGGCACGACCCUGUCCACCGCCGCGAACCCAGCAAGGAGACUCCCACGGUGAGGUCAUGCUUCCACUACCUCGACCUUACCUCACGAAGCUUCUCCGCCGUCAUCCAGGAGCUCAACCCGGAGCUCCUCAUGCCCAUAGCCCUCUUCUACCUUGUCCUGCGCGGCCUUGACACCAUCGAGGACGACAUGACCCUCGAUAUCAAGGUCAAGGAGCCACUGCUGCGUGACUUUCACAACAGUAUCGAGGUUGAUGGCUGGACCUUCACGCAGAGUGGGCCCAACGAGAAGGACCGCGAGCUACUCGUUCACUUUGACGACAUCAUCUUCGAGCUGCGCAGGGUCAAGAAGGAGUAUUUUGUCAUCAUCAAGGACAUCACCGACAAGAUGGGGAACGGUAUGGCCGAUUAUGCCCUCAAUAGCGACUUGAACGAGUACGGCGUCAUUUCGACAAAGGACUACGAGCUGUACUGCCACUAUGUCGCUGGUCUGGUCGGCGAGGGCCUCACGCGCCUUUUCGUCGAGUCCAAGCUCGCAAACCCUGCUCUGCUCGAGAGGCCCCAGCUCGCCGAGGCUAUGGGCCAGUUCCUGCAAAAGGUCAACAUCAUCCGCGACAUCAAGGAGGACUGGGACGAGGGCAAGAAGUGGUGGCCCAAGGAGAUCUGGAGCAAGCACGUCGACAACAUGGGCGACCUGCUCAAGCCAGAGCAUAGGCAGAACGCCCUCUGGUGCAGCUCCGAGAUGGUCCUGAACGCCCUGAAGCAUGCCGAGGAGUGUCUGUACUACAUGGCCGCCGUCAGGGACCAGAGCGUGUUCAACUUCGUGGCCAUCCCGCAGUCCAUGGCCAUCGCGACGCUGGAUCUCGUCUUCAUGAACCCAGCUAUUUUCGAGAGAAACGUCAAGAUCACAAAGGGAGACGCCUGUCAGCUCAUGAUCGAGUCGACACAGGAUCUGAAGCUCGUGUAUGAGUUCUUUCGCCGGUACGCCCGGAGGAUACACCGGAAGGCCGACCCCCGGGAUCCCAGCUACUUGGCCAUCUGCAUCCAAUGCGGCAAGAUCGAGCAGUUUAUCGAGAGGAUCUUCCCCACUCAAGACGUCGCGAAACUGUCGGACGAGGAGAAGGCCAAGGCGAAACAGCGGGAGCUGGACAAGUCUACGGAUCAGAAGGAAGCCAUGUACCUCAUCCUCGCUGUCGUCUUGGUUCUCGUCCUGGUUGGCUCUCUGAUGGUCGGACUCGCCUGGUUCAUGGGGGCCAAGUUCACCGAGGCUAUUGACAAGGUACCGACGACCACAAUAACGACAUCGUUGCCCACCGGGCAUGAGGAGCUGUAA